AAAGUGAACAAGAACUAAAAGAUGAAGAAAUGGAUUUAUUUACCAAAUACUACUCAGAGUGGAAAGGAGGUAGAAAAAACACAAAUGAAUUCUAUAAGACCAUUCCCCGGUUUUACUAUAGGCUGCCAGCUGAAGAUGAAGUGUUACUACAGAAAUUAAGAGAAGAAUCCAGAGCCGUCUUUCUGCAAAGGAAAAGCAGAGAACUAUUAGAUAAUGAAGAAUUACAGAAUUUAUGGUUCUUGCUGGACAAACACCAGACACCACCUAUGAUUGGAGAGGAAGCAAUGAUAAAUUAUGAAAAUUUUUUGAAAGUUGGUGAAAAAGCUGGACCAAAGUGCAAGCAGUUCUUCACCGCAAAAGUCUUUGCUAAACUCCUUCAUACAGAUUCCUAUGGAAGAAUUUCUAUCAUGCAGUUCUUUAAUUAUGUCAUGAGAAAAGUUUGGCUUCACCAAACAAGAAUAGGGCUCAGUUUAUAUGAUGUUGCUGGACAAGGGUACCUUCGGGAAUCUGAUUUAGAAAAUUACAUAUUGGAACUUAUCCCUACUUUGCCACAAUUAGAUGGGCUGGAAAAAUCCUUUUAUUCUUUUUAUGUUUGUACUGCCGUUAGGAAGUUCUUCUUCUUUUUAGACCCUCUAAGAACAGGGAAGAUAAAAAUUCAAGAUAUUUUAGCAUGCAGCUUCCUAGAUGAUUUAUUGGAGCUGAGAGAUGAGGAACUGUCCAAGGAAAGUCAAGAAACAAACUGGUUUUCUGCUCCCUCUGCCCUGAGGGUUUAUGGCCAAUAUUUGAAUCUUGAUAAGGAUCACAAUGGCAUGCUUAGUAAAGAAGAACUCUCCCGCUAUGGAACAGCAACUAUGACCAAUGUCUUCUUAGACCGUGUUUUCCAAGAAUGUCUCACUUAUGAUGGAGAAAUGGACUAUAAGACCUAUCUCGACUUUGUUCUUGCAUUAGAAAACCGAAAAGAACCUGCAGCUCUGCAAUAUAUAUUCAAACUGCUUGAUAUUGAGAACAAAGGAUAUCUGAAUGUCUUUUCUCUUAAUUAUUUUUUUAGGGCCAUACAGGAACUAAUGAAAAUCCAUGGACAAGAUCCUGUUUCAUUUCAAGAUGUCAAGGAUGAAAUCUUUGACAUGGUAAAACCAAAGGAUCCUUUGAAAAUCUCUCUUCAGGAUUUAAUCAACAGUAAUCAGGGAGACACAGUCACUACCAUUCUAAUUGAUCUGAAUGGCUUCUGGACAUAUGAGAACAGAGAAGCCCUUGUUGCAAAUGACAGUGAAAACUCUGCAGAUCUUGAUGAUACAUGA